AUGGGCUCCAUUGGCCCCGGGCCUGUCCCAAAUGGCAGUACAGUUGUGAAUGGCAGUGCACCUGUCAAUGGGCACUCUCCAGCAGAACCCAAUGGAGGGAACUACGAGCCUAUCGCCGUGGUGGGCAUGAGCUGCCGGCUCUCCGGAGACGCAUCAGACACGCAAAAGCUGUGGGAGCUACUUACCAAGGGUGGUUCAGCGUGGUCAAAGACGCCCAAGGAUCGAUUCAACCAAGAGGGUUUCCGUGAUCCAUCUGCCGAAGGCAAGCCUGGAAGGGCCAUGGACCCUCAACAGAGACUGGUUCUCGAGAUUGCUUAUGAAGCUUUUGAAAAUGCUGGCCUUACCAUGGAACAAAUAUCAGGGUCCAACACUGGUGUCUACGUUGGCCAGUGGACUUCGGACUACCAGGAGAUGCUCCUGAGAGAUAUCGACUUCCCGCCCGUUUAUCAGGCCGCCGGUGUUGGGGCGGCUAUCACUUCUAACCGAGUUUCUUACUGUUUCAACCUCCAAGGCCCUAGCUUCACCAUCGACAGCGGCUGCUCAGCUAGCAUGGUAGCCCUCCAUCAAGCCGUACAAAGUCUUCGUAUGGGAGAGACAGAGAAGUGCUUCGUGGCGGGCGUGAAUCUCCUGCUCGAUCCGCAGCGAUAUGGUUAUCAAAAUAAGUAUAGCAUGUUCUCCAAGUCUGGAAAGUCCUACUCAUUCGACAGCCGCGCUAAGGGGGCCGGUGGCUACGGCAGAGGUGAAGGGUGCUCGGGGGUCGUCCUUAUGCCCCUUUCCCAGGCCGAAAAGCAAGGUCAUUCAGUCCGCGCUAUCAUCCGAAACUCGGCAUCUAACCAGGACGGUAAGACAAACGGAAUCACUGUUCCAAGUGCAGCGGCGCAAGCUGCUGCUAUUGAGAGGGCCUACGCCCAGGUCGGCCUGGAGCCGUACGCAGAUUACGUCGAGGCCCACGGCACGGGCACCUCAGUUGGCGAUCCUAUCGAGGCCCGGGCGAUUGGCAAGGUCCUCGGUGCUGCUCGCAAGUCGGACUCGCCGCUGCCUAUCGGCUCUAUUAAGGCCAACAUUGGUCACACGGAGAGCGCAGCCGGUCUCACUGGUCUUAUCAAGGCUGUCCUGAUGCUCGAAAACAAUAUGAUUCCGCCGCAGGCCAACUUCGAGCAAGCGAACCCGGACAUUGACCUGGACAGCCUCAAGAUCAGGAUCGCAACAACUCUCGAGACUAGGCCGCUCAAGAGAAUUUCGGUCAACAGCUUCGGCUACGGUGGAACCAACUGCCACGUCGUCAUAGACGCUGCGGAUGCUGCCCCGGUGAAGACAAUGAGCCAGAUCGAGGGAAUUCCAGCCACCAAUGGUCAUGGUGUCCCUGGAGGUGUGCCCAGGGUCAAAGAACGGCUCUUUGUUCUCAGCGCGGCCAGCGAGAAGUCGUGCCAACAGAUGGCAUCCAAUUUGGCCAAGUAUCUUGAGGACCGGGCGGAUUCGGCUGACGCUGACACACUGCUGGGCCGCCUUGCCUACACCCUGAGUAGGAGGUCUGUCAUGGAGAACAGGGUCGGAAUUGUUGCCUCUGACUUGGGUGACUUGACGGCGCAGCUUACGAAACUGUCCACCGAAUCCAUUCCCCGUGUCAGCCAACAGACGACGCCUCGCAUCGGCUUCGUCUUCAGCGGCCAAGGUGCUCAGUAUCCUCAAAUGGGCCGGAGCCUUCUGGGCACAUGGCCAGUUUUCACGGAUAGUAUGAAGCGGGCAGCUGUAUGCCUGCGGGCAUGCGGAAGCUCGUGGGACCUGUUUGAGGAGCUGCUCAGGGAGCCCUCGGAGAGUCGAAUGGAGGAUCCUUGUAUCGCCCAGCCAAUUUCCACAGCGGUUCAAAUCUCUCUCGUUGAUACGCUGAAAGAUCUGGGGGUUAUCCCGACCGCUGUGGCAGGCCACUCUAGCGGAGAAAUUGCGGCUGCUUACUGCGCCAAAGCUAUCUUGUUUGAAGAUGCUAUUACGGUAGCCUAUCACCGUGGUCGGCUGACUAGUGAACUAAGGAAGGAGAACAAGGGCAAGGCCGGCGCCAUGAUCGCCAUCGGGGCAUCGGCGACGACUGUAAAGCAAUAUAUCGACCAGCUCGCUACUUCUGCUUCCAGCAAAAUCGCUAUUGCCUGCUUCAACAGUCCUUCGAGCGUGACGGUAUCUGGCGACGAAGAGGUUAUCAGCUCCCUGAAACAGAUCCUCGACGAGCAAGAUAUCUGGAAUCGACUUCUCCGUACCGGAGGAGCUGCCUACCACUCGCCGCAGAUGCUCCAAAUUGCUAGCAAAUACCACGAGGCUCUUAAGGAUAUAUCCGACAGCGUGCCUAUAUCUGACAUCGGCAUGGUCUCCUCUGUCACGGGUGAGGAUGUCCGAGAUAAGCCUAUCGACCGGGACUACUGGGUGUAUAAUCUGGUCUCGCCUGUUCGCUUCACUGACGCUUUGAAGAAGACGUGCGUGGGGGAAGGUGGCACGCGCAAGGUCGACUUGCUGCUUGAGCUGGGAUCUCACUUUCAGCUGGAAGGCCCGAUCAAGCAGACCGUCAGGACUUUCAGCGGGGAGGCGGCCAAGAUUCAAUAUGCUGGAUCUCUAAAGCGCGGCGAGGAUGCUCAGCUUCGCCUGUUGGCUAUGCUCCGGUCCCUAUAUUAUGAACGCUCUCCCGUCGCCUUCUGGAGAGCCAAUGCCGGAUUCGAAACGGCCCCUGAACCCCUGUCGGAUCUUCCCCCUUAUCCGUUUGACCGCGCCAAGACGCACUGGCACGAGAGUCGAGUGUCCCGGGCGUACAAACAUCGUCAGUUCGUUCCCCAUGAGCUUCUAGGCACGCUUAUUCAUGACAACAACCCCAACGAGCCCAGAUGGCGUUGCUACCUCAAUCUGGCAGAUAUCCCCUGGCUGAGCGGCCACAUCAUCCAGGGACAGACGAUUCUCCCAGCUACGGCAUACCUCGCCAUGGUCUUCCAGGCGGCACGCCAAGACACGGCUAUGCGUACUCCCCAAGCCACGAUUGACCGCUUUAUCCUGCGCAACGUCGUCUUGUCACAGGCGCUGGUCAUGGAACAAAACAAACCAGACUUGGAGAUCAGCCUGUCGCUCCGGCCCCAGGUACUGUCAGCGAGAAAGUCGUCCCCACUGUGGCAAGAGUUCCGUGUCUUCAGCACAUCCGCAGACGAUGUCUGGACCGAGCAUUGCCGCGGUCUCCUGCAGGUUGUUCACAAGUCAGAGUCUGCCACACGGGACGACGGUAUGGUCCCUACCCGGGUCACUCUGCCACCGCACGCCCAACAUGUCUCGGCCAAGCAAUUCUACCACCGGGCAAGAGACAUUGGCAUCAACUGGUCCGCGCCCUUUGACAAACUGACCAGUGUCAAGCUCGCCCCCCGUGCGUGCAUCGCAGACUGUUCGUUUGUGCCCGGUCCCAGUGCCGGUGCCAAUGGUGCGAACUACACCAUCCACCCUGGUGUCAUGGACGCCGUCCUGUACCACGGCAUGAUCGGUCUCCUCAUCUACGAAGGCAAGGAGACGUCCCCUGUUGUGCCCACUUUCAUCGAGAAGAUGGUUGUGGUCGAGCAAGACUCGGUUCAGGAGGUGACGUGUCACGCCAAACUCACCGAGCAAGUGCUUACCUUUGACGUUGGCGUUUUUGAGAAGGGCAAGGAGGAUAACAUGGUCGUGCAGGCCUCGGGCGUGAUUGCGACCAAGUUGCCAAACGUGUCCAUCGGCAAGGCUGGGAGACGAGAACUAUGCCAUGUUCCAGACUGGGUAACCUACAUGCCAAAGACCACGCAGAAACACAUGGACGACAUCUGCCAGAAGUCGCUCAAUCACGCGCCUAUCCUGGAGACUGUCAAGGGCUUGGAUGCACUGACCAUCAAGUACGUCAAGCAAGCCCUGGCCUCCACACCGGAAGAAGAGGUAGCCGAAGGGUACCAGCGCGCCUGGUACAAUUGGAUGAAGACGGUCGCCAACGAGGAGCCUGACCCAGUCUCCCUAAAGAUGGCAGAGGUAGAUGACAGCCUUCCUGCACGGAUCGCACGGCGUUUGGGGGCCAGCUUGGGAGACAUCCUGCGCGGAACUACUCAUGCCCUGUCCAUCCUGAACGAAGACAGCCAGCUGAGCAAUCUCUACAACCAGGGUGGCAACCCUCGCACCAUUGCGCAGAUUGCCGCGUACAUGGGUGAGCUAGGCCGUAUGGAUCCCAACAUGAAGAUCAUCGAGGUCGGCGCCGGCACCGGAUCAGCCACCUUACCCAUCCUGCAGGCUCUGCAAGCCCCGAACAGAGUGCUAGCGUCUAGUUACGAUUUCACCGAUAUCUCGCCAGGAUUUUUUCCUUCCGCACGGGAGCUGCUCUCCGAAUUUGAAGGUAUUGUCCAGUACAAGACUUUGGACGUCGAGAAAUCAGCCGAGGACAAUAGCUUUGCGCCCAACAGCUACGAUGUUCUCAUCGCUUCCAAUGUUCUCCAUGCUACCCCUUGUCUCGAUGUUGUCCUGGAAAACGUCAAGUCGCUGCUUCGCCCUGGCGGCAAGCUGAUCCUUAUGGAGCCUACUCGGGAUCUUCACCACUACGGUCUUAUUUUCGGCUCGCUCGCUGGUUGGUGGGCCGGGGUCAACGAGGGUCGGACCCUCUCGCCUAUGCUUACCGUGCCCCAGUGGAAGGAGAAGCUUACCAGCAAUGGCUUUAUCCACAACGGACCCAUCUUCGAGGACUGGCCUGUCGAAGAGGGAGGCUCCAUCAAUGUCUUUGUGGUUGAAACCCCGCCCCAGGCCUCUUCGGCAGCGGCUCUGGAUGUUGACAUUGUUUCCGCUGCUGGAGAGGGUCUUUACGCCAGCUUCACGGACCAGCUUCAGAAGAAGCUCUGGGACCGUUCAGUGGAGGCUUGUGUUGCCUCCGCAUCUGUCUCUGGAGACAAGGUGAGCAUCAUCAUGCCCGACUUCGUCGAGCGUGUGGCCUGGGACUUGGAUGACCCGCUCUUCAAUGCGCUCAAGGCUAGGGUCGCCAACUCCAAGCUCGUCGUGUUCGUAACGCUCACGGCCAAGGACAAAGAACAGCGACCUAGCGGCGAGUGGGUCUACGGGUUCGUCCGAUCGGUGCGUUUUGAAUACGCCUCUGUACGCCUGGCUACUCUCGAGCUCGAAGGCGGGUUGGAGACGGGCAUUGAAGCCCUGACAACCAUCUUGAACAGCCCGACAGCUGACAUGAACGUUCACGUCGACGACGUUGAGCUUGAAUUCUUGGACAGGGAUAGCCAGCUCUACGUCUACCGCAUGCGUUCGGAGCCCAGCUUCGAUGAGUACGUUAGCCGGGAUCUGGGUAGGUCUUCUUCGGAAGAAGGCCCAUUCAUCAACGGCAGAGCAAUGUCGGCGGAGCUGGGCAUUACCGGUGUGCUCGACACCAUUCGCUGGGCAGACAACCCGACGAUCUCCGGGCCGCUGGAUCCUGACUGUCUACGACUGCAGCUUUGCGCUGCUAGCGUCAACUUUAAGGAUGUGCUGAUUGCCUCGGGCCAGUUGGAGGGCAUCACCAAGAUGAACAAUGACUGCAGCGGUGUUGUGCUCGAGGUUGGCGCCAACAUGACUAGCAAAUUCAAGGCCGGAGAUCGCGUCUGCGCUUUAUACUCGCAGUCAUUCACUAACUAUCCCGUGGUGCACGGCUCGUGCUGCCAAUUGAUACCUGAGGACAUGGACUUUGCGGAGGCGGCUUCGAUACCCCUUGUCUGGAGUACUGUCUACUACAGCCUGAUUACUCUUGGGAAGCUACAAAAGGGGGAGAGUAUCCUUAUCCACUCGGCUGCCGGCGCGGUCGGGCAAGCAUCCAUUAUCCUUGCACAGUAUCUCGGCGCCGAGAUCUUUGUGACAUGCGGAAACGAGGCGAAGGUGGAGCUGCUUAACACCGAGUUCAACAUUCCGCGCGAUCAUAUCUUCUCGAGCCGUUCCACUGCUUUCCGCCAUCAUAUCCGCGCCAUGACGAACGGCCACGGAGUGGAUGUGGUCCUCAAUUCUCUCGGGGGAGAAAUGUUCCGCGAGUCAUGCAAUACAGUGGCAGGCCAUGGUCGGUUCGUCGAGAUUGGGCGCAAGGAUCUCAUGGAAGAUGCCCUCAUGCCCAUGCAGUUCCUGCUGGAUAACAUCACGUUCGCCUACGUUGACUUUGCGCAUAUUCUCGCGACGAAGACGGAGCUGGCAGCCCAGCUCAUGGGGGAAGCGAUGAAGCUCUUUACCGAUAGAAUCGUGCGGCACGUGCAAUUGACCAAGUACUCCAUCUCGGAAAUGGCAGCUGCGUUCCGUCUGAUUCAAGCUGGCAAGCACACGGGUAAAGUCAUCUUGACCGUGGAGCCAGAGGUCAAGGUCCAGGUUGUCCCACCAAAGCCUAAACCCGCUCAGCUCAACCCAGAAGCGACCUACAUUGUCGUCGGAGGCCUGGGGGGCCUGGGUAGACAAAUCGUCGACUGGACUGCUGGUGCGGGAGCUCGCCAUAUCGUCAUCUUCUCGAGGACCGGUAGGUCCGACCCGGAUACUCUGAACUUCCUGGACAGACUGGCAUCAGAGGGAAUCACAGUCCGUGUCGAAAAGUGCGACGUGACUUCAGAGGACCAGUUGCAGGAAUCCGUGGCCGCGAUUCAGAAGACCAUGCCCCCAAUCCGCGGUUUAUUCCAGGCUGCCAUGAUCCUGCAUGAUGUCUUACUGGAAGACAUGACCUUUGAGCAGUGGAAAAAGGUUACCCUCCCCAAGAUUCAAGGCACGUGGAACCUGCACAAGGUUCUGCCCGCUGAUUUGGAUUUCUUCAUUAUGCUAUCGUCGGUAGUAUCAUUGCUGGGCACCGUUGGAGCCGGCAACUACUCUUCGGCGAACGCUUUCCAGGAUGGCAUGGCUCGCUACCGCCGCCGCUUAGGCCUGCCUGCCUACGCGCUAAACAUCGGGGCCAUUGUCGAAGCCGGCUACGUGAGUGAGAAUCCAGAGGUUGCCAUGACCCUUCGAAAGAACGGACUUGGUAGCGUUAGCAUGGACGAGUUCUUGUCCCAUCUCAACGAUGUUGUUCAACACGAGACGGUCUACACGCAGUCAUCGCUCGGCAUCCUGCCCAAUGGUACGGAGCGCGAGCUCGGUGAGGCGCGCUGGGCUCAGGACAGGAGGCUUGCCCAGCUCUUUGGAUCGGAGAACCAAGCCGGCGGCAAGACGGCCGGUCGCGGUGCUGACGAUGUCGGUCUGGCGCUUCAGGCCGCGACGACCUUCCAGGAGGCCGUGGACGUGGUCUCCCAGGCCAUCGUCAACCAGCUGGCAACCAUCCUCGCCACAGACGCGAAUGACAUGAUCCCUGCGCGAAGUCUGGACUCGUACGGGCUGGACUCGCUGGUCGGUGUCGAGUUGAGAAACUGGAUUGGUGCCUACUUGCAAGUCAACCUGCCACUGCUGGUCAUGUGGAACACUAGCAGCAUCACUGAGCUGGCCAAGAUUGUGGCUAAGGGGUCCCGACUAGUCAAGGUGAAGUCGGAGGACGGGGCGGACGAGGUGGAGGCCGCUGGAGAUAAGAAUGAAUAG